AAGGAUCAGAGUGCUGGUCGGCUGCUUCCAGGAUGUUUUGAUUAGGCAUCGCGAGGGUGAAGGUGAAAGUGCGGCUUGGUUAGGUUCGCGGGAGGAAACAAAGUCGGAGAGCAUGACAAGUACGAGUGUUCCACGAGCGUCACCGGGUUCCAAGGGGGACGCACGUCUGUAAGGACGAAGCGAGGAGAUUACGGACGUUUCUGUCGGCAACACGCACGUGAUAGUCGCGCCGUGUAUCGCGCAACGGUUAUAACGAGUCACGGUACAUGCGGCGCGCGUAAGUGCGACGUUUCGCCCGACGUGCAAUGAUGUGAUGAUUCGCGGUUUCACGACAGAAACUCGAUAACGGGGUAGGGGGGAAAAAAUGAAUCGCCCUAAAUGGGACGUGCUGUGGUCCCCCUUUCAUUCCGACCGAUUUAUCACGUGGGACAGCGACACGGUGCUGAGUCUGUACGAGAUCGGAGCCUUGGAGGACGGCGCGCGAGACAGUGAUCAAAUUUAUUUGCAGAUUUCGGAGCACUCCAUUGCAGAGCUGAUCUCCUCCGUUACUAUCAACAGCUAUGCCAAGUGCGUUGAUAUAUACCCGCAACGAGAACCGGACAUCGUGGCGAGUGGUCACGCGAAUGGGAAGAUAGUUCUGAGUACUCUCAGUCCACCGGAAUUCGACUAUCAUGGCCUCGUUGGAAGAGAAUUUUUUCCAAAGUACAUGCGAUCAUGCAACGUCGUCGCCUGGAAUCCCGUGGACACUCAUCUGAUUAUAUCCGGGUUGGACAAGCACAGCAAGGAACAUUCUGUAUUGCUCUGGGACGUGCACCAUUACCCGAAGGGCUCCGAGAGGCCAAUAGCGGAAGCGGGCUUGUCCGAAACUAUACAUUCUGCUGCUUGGUUCAAACACGAUCCGCGGUGUCUCGCUUUUGGUGCUAAUAACAAGCACUUGAAAGUUGUCGACUUUAGAGAUUCUGCGAAGGUGGUGAACGUCACCGCCACAAAGGCAGUAUAUAACUUAUCGGUAAAUCCCCAUAACAAUUAUCAGCUUCUCUCGCACGUCGACAAUCUAAUCACGAUCUGGGACACGCGGUGCUUCGAGAAACCGGUUGUCACUAUAGUAGCACAGAGACAAGUUACAAAGGUACUGUGGUGUCCAACGAGGCGCAACCUUAUUGGCACGUUGCAUAAGGAUUCAGGGGGUUUGCAUCUGUUUGACAUUCAGUAUUGCGGAGGAGAGGAUACCGAGCCGGGUGUCCUUGAGAGAGUGGUUCUGCCACCAUCGCACAAUCCCGUGAGCUUCUCGUGGCAUCCGACCGACGAGAAUCGAUUGUUGACGAUAUCGUCGCAAGGAGUAACCGAUUACACUGUAUGCGAGAGAAUCACCCUCAAUUGGUCCGCUCGGUCGUGUCUGAUGUGGAAUUACGCUUUCAAGUCGUUCAAAUACGUGCACAACGAGGAUAACGUUUACAAGGCGCUGAAUGAUAUCUCGGUUUUGACCAAGAAACGCGCUAUGUUCGAGUACGGUUUGCUCGCGGACUUGGCGCAGAAUGGCGAUGUAGCUGAAGACGAGACGCUGAAGAAUUUGUGGCAAUGGUUGUACCUGAGCCGUUCCUUGGUGGAAGCCGGUACUAUACAGAGCCCGGACAACAAGCAUCCUGGUGUGAGAACAGUCCUGAAAUUGGAUGGUCAGCAGAAUACCGGUAACGGUUUUCUAAAGUCGGAAGUGAUCCAUCGUCCGUGGGCAGAUAUAGGUUCCAGCCACAUGACGAAGAUCUACAGAUCGCCGGAGAGAGAAAGGUGCCUUCUCCUAUGCGGUUUGCGUUUUGACAGAGAGACCAAUACAGCGUACGACAAUGCGUACGUCGAAAAGCUGGAGAAGGAAGGUGCGUACGCGAAAGCGGCGGCGUUCUCGGUGUUCAAUCUCUGCCUGCGGCAGGCCAUUGACAUACUGAAUCGAGGCGCUAGCAAGAAGCAGACGGCUACGCUGAACAUGGUGGCCAUGGCGCUGUCGGGCUUCUCCGAGGAGCGUUCCACGUUGUGGCGAGAAUCGUGUCAGAAAUCGAAGUCGCAAUUGUCGGAUCCUUAUCUGAGGGCGACGUUCGGUUUCCUCACCGCGGAUAACGACACCUACGACAGUGUACUUAACGAGAACGGUAUGGCUGUCGAAGACCGCGUGGCGUUUGCACUCAUGUAUCUAUCGGAUAGCAAGCUGUACGACUACCUGAAGAGGCUGACCCAGAAGCUAAUCGAGGAAGGAGAUUUGGCGGGCUUCUUGGUUACAGGUGCAAGCGUAGAAGGUAUACAAUUACUGAGCAAAUACUUGGAGAUCACCUCAGACGUUCAGAGCUGCACUCUCAUCGCUAUCAGGGCCUUCGCACCUCGAUUGAUACAAGACAAUCAAGUUCAAGUGUGGAUUACUAAUUACAGACACCUCUUGAACGCGUGGAAAUUAUGGAGCCAAAGAGCUAAAUUCGACAUCGCCAUGAGAGCUUCCACGCCGCAGGAGAGACCACCGCAGCAGAUAUAUGUUUCCUGCAACUUCUGUGGUAAAAGCAUAUCUGCUUUCAUGCAAGGUCUGAGCAGAGCGCGGGUUCCGUUUGGUAGAUUAGGCAGUACUCCCAAUAAAUUGAAGAUGACGGCUUGUCCAAAUUGCCGCAAGCCUUUGCCGCGCUGCGCGAUUUGUUUAAUGCACAUGGGCACCGUCAGCGGAUUGCAAACUGCUUCCAGUCCCGGCGGCAGCAGGAGCGAGGAAUGCGAGACGAAACUUACGGAAUUCAACAGCUGGUUCACGUGGUGCUUAACGUGCAAACACGGCGGGCACAGCGAGCAUAUAGCUCACUGGUUUCGACAACACACUGAGUGUCCGGUAACGUCUUGCAAUUGCCGUUGCUCGUCCUUGGACACAUCUGUGACGUAAGAGCAGGUAUAACAGACAGACAUCACAGAGCAGGUUUAAGUGUUCUUAUUCAUGUAAUAUUGACAAUCUUCGUUAUAGUUUUUAGGGUGCUUUGCAUGUUUUGUAUAUUCAUCGAAUCUAGUUUGACAUUUUAUGUACAGACGAAGAAAGUGUGUCUUUAUAAUAAUUCCCCCUAUACAUUACGGUAUUUUUUGUUACUUUUACGAAAUGGAUCGUACCAAAACGGUUAAUACGGUGUGAAAAAGAAUAUAAAGAAGAAAAGAAAUAAACACAGUAAGCAAUU